CGGCCACCGUCGAGGUGAUCCAAACAUUGCUGUUCCACUUUAAACUUCCCAGCGUUGCAUGCGUUGUGUGCGUGUCUUUGAGGAGUUUCGGAGGUGUUUGAGAAUGCGUUAAACACGGGAGAUGUCUGUGCUGCGCAGAGCGAAAACAUGGGAAAUAUCUGAAUCUGAGGGAAGCGACUCGGAGAGCAGUCAGACAGUAACAGUCACAACCCUCCCAUCCUCACCCACAAAGAGCGAGGCCAGGCAAACCUCUGCUCUGUCCCCCCCGCGACCAGAUGGACGAGGUACACCAAGUCCUGCGAGAAAACGCCGCACCAAGGAGGAGAUCGAGGCGGACAGACAGACAGCCAGGGAGAGGAAGGAGGCGAGAGAGAGACAGAGAGCUGCCAGGGCCCGGGAGAAGGAGGAGAGGAGACAGGAGCAGCGGAGGAGGAGAGAAGCUGCCGAGAACCUGAAGAGUCUGAGGCCGGAGAACUGCCUCAAGUGUCUGACAGUCUGCGUAGAUCCAGCUCUUCUGCAGCAGGAUGGCUCAGAUAUCUUGCUGGACACGCUGGUUGCCUUUGAGUGGAAGUUUAGCAUUGAGAGUCAGCCACUCCCACGCAGUAUCACCUGGACCAGAGAUUUACCUCAGGGAGACGAUGGCAAGGGCUCGGUGGAGGAGGAGCAGGUGGUUCUGGUGCUGGAUCUGACUGAUUUCAUGGACAUGGUGGUCUCUGUGAAGAAAAUGCUAGACAGUGAAGGGGAGGAGGUGGGGUCUUUCCUUAGUCCUCUUUUGGAGUGUCUCAACCGGGAUGCCAAGAAGGUGGUCACUCUCUUAGUGACAGACUCUCAGCCAGAUUACAGGACGGAUGCCUGCGGUGUGCAUUUACUAGACGAGACGAUACAAUCCAAACUGGGGAUGGAGGAUCUGGAGAUCGAGGAGGUUCUUGUGUACUUACAGCUCAGCAAGAACAUCUCACUGGUCUUCCUGGAUGGCUGGCAGGAGGUCACUAACCAUGUGUGUGCUGUCACUAAGGCCUUAUCAAAACGCCCUUUCAAACUGCUGACAGAGCGAGCAGAGCUGCCUUUCUGCGUGGAUGGUUCGUGGGCCAGCGGGGUUCGGGUGGAGAGGGACGGCUCGGGGCUGAUCGGGGUCUGGAGCAAGCAGAUCCAACAGCUGAACAGGGUUAGCCCCGCAGUGGCAUCCACUGUGACCGCGGCCUACCCGUCUCCUCAGCUGCUGCUGCAGGCAUACCAGAGCUUGGGGUCAGAGGCGGACAGAAAGGGGCUGCUGGCUGGUCUCUUAGUGAAAAGUGGAGGUAAAGAGAGACGUAUAGGACCAGAGAUAUCGGCCAGAGUUUAUCGCAGCCUCACUGCCCAGAACCCCCAGCUGGUCCUUGACUAAUUUGUCCACUUGAGAAGGAGAUGGAUUGACGUCAGCGAUGGAUUCAUCUGGUUUCUAAUGGCACUUGUCACCACUUGGCUGCUAAUAUGAUAAUGUUGAUGUUUACAACCUGAAAAUAUGCCUUAGAUAUCAUGUUCGCCUUCCAGUAAAGCACUAUUUAUACUCCUCUGAACGUCAACAGAAGGAAUAGAAAAUAUAUUAAGUAAAAUUAUAUGAUGUGUAUUGUAUAUUUGGAAUUCUGUUUGUUUAUGAAUGCAAGAUGUAUUGUUAGAGGGCCGUGUUAUGUUUAUGUAUGAAAUAAGCCUAUAAAAAGAGCUACAACAGAA